CCACCUAAGUUUUAGUGUUCCAUUGUUUACCAAACAGAUAGGAAAUGAAAAUUGUGCUGAUUUUGAUGUGCACGGCACUGGCCGUCACCAUUGCCAUCGAAAACAAGGAGUCCCGUAUCAACGGCGGUACGGACGCUAGUCCAACUGAGUUCCCAUUCACGGUAGCGAUCCUUAUCUCCGAAGAAGAGGCGCACACUUUCUGCGCCGGAAUUCUAAUCACCCCUAAUCAUGUUCUCACCACUGCCAAUUGUGUAAUUCGGCAGACAAUGCUGACGGUCAUGUUGGGAUCAUCCGACAUCACCCGGAUGAAUCAGUUUAUACCAGUUACCCAGAUUAGGCUGCAUUGGAACCACAGCGCGACGGUUAUUAGCCGAGCUGAUCUUGCGAUCCUUACUCUGGCUCGGGCCGCCAACUUGGGAGAUACGGUAGCUGUGGCUCGGUUGCCUCGGUGGUCCCAGGUAGGAGAAACGUUCAACGGUUUUGGAGCCACGGUCGUCGGUUGGGGUAUGACCGGUCAUCGGGAAGACGAAACCAUUCCCUUGCAAAAUCUGCAGGUCGUUAGAAAUCCGAUCAUCAGCAACUUUGUCUGUGGACUUUCCCAUCUGUUCCUUCAGGAUGAACACGUCUGUACUUCUGGCGAUAACGGCGGUCCCUGCGAUGGUGAUGAAGGUGGUCCGGUGAUGAUCACUGAGAACGGCGAAAUGACGGUGAUCGCUAGCCAUUCAUUCCACUUCGGAGGCAUCGGAGGAUGCGGUCGUGGACGAUCCUCAGUUCAUACCCGACUUACCGAACACCUGGAUUGGCUGGUCGAGCAUACAGGUGUUUACAUCAGACCUUGAGUGACGUGAGUGAUCGCUCAAAUCAAGCCACAUCGCACCAAUA